AUGAAAUCAGAACAAUUCACACUACAGAACAUGUCAGGAAUUCGCACUAUAGACCCAUAUUUUUAUACUUAUGAAUACUAUGGUCAGAGUUCCGAAAUAAAGGAAGAGGGGAAGAACUCAGCUCGAUGUCUGCUAGAUUUGGGGAUGUUCGGGUGUGCAAUGUCCUCUAUACAAAGCGUAAAAUGUAAAUCUGGAGCUCUUCUCAAGGAAGAGAGUGAGAAAAUUGAAAGGAAAUUGGGAGUGCUUAGAUACUAG